CCAUAGAUGACGACGACGACGCCAUUUGCUUUAUGCAAUCACCUUCUUCACAAUGUAUUAUUGUCUGUACAAAGUCUGCAGAAGGGUACGAAGAGGUAAUUACACCUACAGAACGUGAAGAUGGAAU